AUGCUUGAAAGCAAUCCGAUACCCACAACGACGACCGCUGGUUUCACUAACAUCAAUACACCACCAACAAGCAAUACAAUAGGUAGUAUUUUUACUCCCGAACAAGUCGCUUGUGUGUGUGAAGUACUACAACAAAGUAAUGAUAUUCAACGGCUCGGUGAUUUUUUAUGGACAUUACCAACAUUUGAACAUUUUCAUAAUAAUGAAAGUGUUGUAAAAGCUAAAGCAGUUGUUGCAUUUCGUCGAGGAAAUUAUCGUGAACUUUAUCAUAUUUUAGAACGUUAUCAAUUUGCACCAUGUAGUCAUCCACAAUUACAACAAUUAUGGUUACAAGCACAUUAUAAUGAAGCUGAAAAAUUACGCGGUAGACCAUUAGGUGCUGUUGGUAAAUAUCGUGUACGACGAAAAUUUCCUCUACCACGUACAAUAUGGGAUGGUGAAGAAACAAGUUAUUGUUUUAAAGAAAAAUCACGUAAUACAUUACGUGAUUGGUACCUACAUAAUCCUUAUCCAUCACCAAGAGAGAAACGUGAAUUAGCUGAAACAACUAGUUUAACAACAACACAAGUGUCGAAUUGGUUUAAAAAUCGACGACAACGUGAUAGAGCAUCAGAAACAAAUGAUAGGCAAGUUGUUGUGAAAACGAUUGAUAUAAGUCCUUCACAUAAUGGUGAGAAUUCAUUAGAUGAUCUUGGAUCAACAAGUAGUGAACCAACAACACGAGCACCAUUAGGUUUAACAACAAAUCUUAAUACAAAUGAACAUUUUCAUAUUGACUUUCAAAAUUGUUUUCCUCAACAACAACAACAACAUUAUCAUCAUACAAUUAAAUCAACUACAGACAUGAUUGAUUCAGGAACAGCAACUAUUUUAAGAGAUUAUCAUUCACUUUAA